AAAAAGCAUUUUUUUAAUGUUUUCUGAGCCGCCACGACCUUCACCCGACCUCUGGGUCACCUCUCACGGUGUCGCGUUGCCUUUCCCAUUGCGGGAAACGCUCAGUAGAUUAUAACCCUUGGAUAUAGGAAAUUCUCCGUCAGGUCGUUGUUUCGCAACGAUGUCUGUAGGCGGUGUAAUGCCAAGAAGGGGGGACAUUCCAUCCUGAAAAGGAUUCUGUAGUAAACUUCGCGCUGCUGAUAUCAAGCUGUGUGACAACAUGUAAAUGCGUGCUGCUCAUGCGGAUUUGGCAGAUGUUUGCUGUCAAAUUUCUGCAUCGUGAACUUGACGUCGCUACGCAAGGUUUGGCUGGUUUCGAGAUGCGGCUAUUGAGCCCGUGCCUCGACCUCGUCCAUCCAUGCAGACCAAUCCUUAAGCGAGCUUUGUCUUCUUGUAAAGAUUAAGCUCAUGAGGCUCAAGACCGUUAUUGGAUCAUGUUCCUAGCGUCCAUAUCCAAUACACCGUCACAAGCCGCACUGCACUCGCUGCACGUCAAGUUUGACUUCAAGACAUGUGAAUCAUGAAUUCAUCACGUUGUUGGCAAACGCCCUAUUAUACAGCGCCAAUAUCCCCCAAAGCCUUGAAGAACCCCAUCACUCAUCAUUGGGAGAAUCGCCCAGAAUUCCAUCGACGCCCUGACUUCUAUGCUGAUCCCUUACAAAGUCUUCGAUUUUGUCAUCGUGAUGCGGUCGCUCUGGUGGUCCUGGUGGCUUGUCUUCCUCCUUGGACGGGCUUUGACGAGCAGGCAGGAUCUUGGCUGCAGCUGGGACAUAUUCUGUGACUGCAACAAGUCAGCAACCUAGUUAUGAUAUGUAGAGAGUUUGGUAGAGCAUACUCUUCUCGACAACAGGAUUGGGUUUCUGGUUCUCCAGAUCACGGGUGCUAUCCGCAGCCUUGUCCAGCUGCUCCUUGAAGCUCUCGUCUUGGACGUUGUUGUUCUGACCCGAUUCUUGAGAAGCCAUUUUUGUUUCGUUUCAGGCGGAUUGUGUUUCCUGUUGAAGGAUGACGCUCCGAUUAAGAUCUAGAUGAGAGAAGGAUGCAUGUAAAUAUUGUGUAUCCCUACUCCAUUUCCUUGUUCUUCCACCUUUAUUAUCCCCGGCAUUGGCAUACGCAAUGGCGCAAAUCCUCAAUGCACCCCUGUGAAACCUUACAUUAGUCCAUUCUUUCAGCUGUUGUCGACCUCUAUAAAGUGACGUCAAGUUGCAGUUGGAGGGGUCGUUCCGAUAAGGCCCGAUAACGAUUCAAAAGUCUAUCUUAUCGGACCGUUCUGAAUGGAUGGGCUGAUGAUCACCCAACAAUUAUCACUUUUGUUUGUUCCGCUAAUAAUUAAAAGAGGUAUUUUAUCAGGAACAAAAACUUUGACGCCCUCUCUUUUUCCUAUAGGUGCUAUUUUCAACCUCGAUCCUCUUGAAAGUACAGCAAAAAUGGCGCCAAUUCCUAUCACUAUCGUUACAGGGUUUUUGGGUUCAGGUAAAACGACACUGAUUCUGAACCUGAUCCCUCAACUUCGCGCCCAGAACCCAGACUAUAAGCUCGCACUUCUCAAGAACGAAUUCGGCGAUCUUGCGGUCGACUCACAACUCGCCGCCAACUCUGCCAUUUCGGGUGUCCAGGAACUCCUCAACGGCUGCAUCUGCUGUAACCUCGUCGGUCAACUCGGCCCCGCGCUCGAAGAACUAGAAAAGACCGUCACACCCGAUCGAAUCGUUGUUGAAACCAGCGGCUCGGCUUUCCCCGCGACCCUCGCUCUCGAAGUCAACCGUCUUGCGCGUGAGUCCGGCAAGUACAUCCUCGACGGUGUCAUCAGCGUCAUUGACGUCGAGAACUGGAAGGGUUAUGAGGACACUAGCUACACGGCGCGCAUUCAGGCGCGCUACACCGACCUCAUUGUCUUCAACAAGUGGGAAAAUGUCAGCAUGCUGCGAUACGACGAGUGUCUCGACCGAGUCGGCGAUCUGGAAGUUGACGUUGCCAAGGUCAAGAGCGACAAGGGCAAAGUGUCGAUGGACUUGAUCUUUGGUGUGGAUGGUGGUUUGGCGAAGGAGUUGACAGAGGCAGAUGUUGAAAAGACCAAUGGCCACAGUCACGACAAUUCCAACAGCACAACAAACGGCCAUUCUCAUAACCACCAAAGCGAAGUCGAGGUUUUGUCAGUUGUCCUGAAAGCUGAUCCUUCAGCACGAGUUUCGACAGAAAAGCUCAUUGCCUUCCUCUCCUCCGCCCCCAAAGACGAAGCCUACCGUAUCAAGGCUCUUGUCUCACUCUCAUCAACGCCCACAAACUCCGAUCCCGAUAUUCCUCCACCAGAGCCAAGCACCUCCGGUCGAUAUAUCCUCAACUGGGCAUUUGGCCGCUGGACGUUCACACCCAUUGCGGAAUCGCUGCAGGAGCAUGACUCGAGCAGUGAUGUUACACUACGCAUGACGAUAAUUUUUGCGCGAUAUGAGAGCAACAAGUGGAAUAAGAGAAUUGAAGCUGGUGGGUUGAUAGAAUUAGAGGGUGGAGAUUCAAGCGAUUUGACUGUUACAAAAAUUCUAUAAAUUAGAAUAUAGACUUAAAAGUUGAGAUGGAUGAGAUGAAAGAAGAUGUCACGAAGAGAUGAAAGAGAUGGUUAUGAAAAUAUAGACUCAUGAUUGAAUUGAAAGAACGCUUGCCGCUAUUUGACCAGGAUAUAGAAAAACAAACCCGCUACCUGAUAUUUUGAAUACAUACAUGAUACAAUCUUUUUUUUUUACAGGCAAUCUCCUGUAAAACUUUAUAUCCACCC